GGCGAGACGGAUGUUGUCGUUUUUGCGAGGGCCGGAAUAGGCAAGAUGGCGUCGAGUGGCAGCGAACUUGGAGGUGUAUUUGAUCACCACGUUCAGAGGGCUGUAUGCGACACGCGGGCCAAGUAUCGGGAGGGGCGGCGGCCUCGUGCUGUCAGGGUAUAUACAAUCAAUUUGGAAUCUCAGUACUUGUUAAUACAAGGAGUUCCUGCAGUGGGAGCAAUGAAGGAAUUAGUUGAGCGAUUUGCUCUAUAUGGUGCAAUUGAACAGUAUAAUCCUCUAGAUGAAUACCCAGCGGAAGACUUUACAGAAGUUUAUCUUAUUAAAUUUAUGAACUUACAAAGUGCAAGGACAGCCAAGAGAAAAAUGGAUGAACAGAGUUUCUUUGGUGGAUUGCUUCAUGUGUGCUAUGCUCCAGAAUUUGAAACAGUUGAAGAAACUAGAAAAAAAUUACAGGAGAGAAAGGCUUAUAUAUCAAGAACUACUAAAAAUAAAGAUCAUUACAUGACGAAGAAGAAACUGGUUACAGAGCUUAAAGACAAAAAAGAUUUUAGACAGGACUUCCAUUCAAGGACAUCUGGACCUUGUGCAGCCACACUGAACACUUCUACUGGCAACUCCGAUCUUUGUCUUCCUUAUUCUUGUGAAUUGCCUUUAUGUUAUUUUUCCUCAAAAUGUGCGUGUUCGUCAGGGGAACAUAUGGGCUGGGCAUCGGACUCCUCUCGGGGUGGUAGAAACUGUGCUGGAACAGUGGAGCAUUGUAUGCACAAUGACUCUUCACAGAAGAUACAAAUGAAACCUUUUAAAAAUUCGUUGGCCUGCCCUGGUGCACAGAAGGCUACUACUUCUUCAGAGGCAGUUGACAGAUUUAUGCCUAGGACAACACAGCUGCAGGAGCGGAAAAGAAGAAGAGAAGAUGAUCGUAAAGUUGGAACUUUUCUCGGAACAAGCACGAGUAGUAAUGAGGUUAUGAUUGGGCCUCUGUUACCUCACAUACCUAAAGUGGACAUGCAUGACGACUCGUUGAAUACAACAGCGAAUUUAAUUCGGAAUAAACUUCAAGAGGUCAUUUCAUCUGUGCCCAAACCUCCAGAAGACAAGCUGGAAGAUGUGUGUACAAGUCGUUCAUUAAAGCAAAGAAGAAGAAUAUAGACUGCUGGCAGCCAAUUAUGUUUCUGUGGGACUAUUAACUUUUUACUUUUGGCCUGUCACUUUAAUUGUUGAAAAGAUUGUACUGCUAGUAUUUUUUAAUGCACUUCUCUUUAUAAUAUCAUUCAAGCUACUUAUCUAAUAAAAUUUCAUCUUUUAAAA